CCAAUGAGUUCUUCAUUACCACGUAUUCUUCAUGAUGCAAAUUAAACAUUCAUUUCCAUCCAUUUUCUCUUCUUCACAUCUCUUCUUUUAUAGAAACAUGGAAAGGAAGCUAACAUAUCAAAGUAUUCAAGCAUUUCAUCCAUCUCUAAGCAUGAUGCCAUUCCCUUAACAUAUCCUUCAAAACAAAAGAAAAUUUAGAGUUUUUGAUUCUUGUGAAUGUUCUUCUUCAUGGGAAGAAGAAGAGGAAGAUCAGCCCUUCCAUGCAUGCAUCCUUUUUUAUACAAGCUCAAGUCUCCAAGUUCUCAAUGCCCAUUCUCUGAAGAAGCUGCCACCUUUCGUUCUUCUCUUAUAGAAUGCCUUAAAAAACUAGAGAAGUCCUUGGCUGAGAGUUCAGUGUCCCUUCACUGGUCCAUUGAAGCCAUGAAUGUUUUAAAGAAGUUGCAGCUUGAUCUUCUAUCCUUCCUCAAAAGGUUUGAUCUUCCUAUCUUUUGUGAAGUGGAACAAGACUGGUUUAAUCAUUACAUGGAUGCAACCAUAACCUUGCUAGAUCUCUGCAAUUCAAUGAAGUCUGCAAUCUCCGCAACUCAUAGGUAUCGAAUGACAGUCAGUUUUGCUAUUGAAAGCUUGAGUCGAUACGAGGAAGACGAUGAUCUUUCUUCUUGCAUGGUAACACUGAACAAGAUCAUUGAAUGUAAGGGGUUAGAAACAUUGCAGCAGCAGCAACAGCAGAAGAGGAAGACUGUGUUGCAGCAUGAAAAGACGAAGGUUUGUAGUUUGAUGAUGCCAUUAAAAGGAUGCAGUAAAAAGCAUGAUAAGAGUGUUUCUAUGAUCAUAUUUGCUGCAAAGAGUGUAAUGGUAAUUUUAUCAUUGUUAUUAGUAUCGGCGAUCGUAUCGCCGGUUUCAAUUAAUAUGGAAGGUGAUUGUGCGUUUGGUAGGAAGUUCCCGGAACUGAAGUUGUUUAUGGAAAUGCUCGAGGCAUUAGUAGCCCGUUUCCGGGAGAAGAGUUCUCUAUCGUUGUCAUCAUCGGAGAACGGUUCGAGGCUUGUUUUGGUUGAACAUGAAAAGGUCGAUAAGGUUGUCGGAGAGCUGAAAGAACAGGUGGUGCAAGGGGUUGUUGAGGAUAAGGAGAGGUUUCAGAGUGGCAUUGAGUUGCUGAGGAGCAAGUCUGCUGAGCUUAGUGAAAGUGUAGAAAUGUUUGAUGCUGUUGUGGAUGAAGUGUUUAAUGUGGUGAUUAGAGGAAGGAAUGAGAUGUUGGGAGUUUUGAAGGAUAAGGGUCUUUGAAUUUAAAGGAGUAAAAAAUAAUACAUGUUUGUUUUCAUUAAUAAAGAUGAAUCAGUGUGUAUUGGUGGGUUUUGUUUUAGGCCUUAAUUAUGGUGUUAAAACAAAUAUCUGAUUUAUUUUGUUGUGUAAAGAUGCAUUAAGCUGUGUUAUUGGUGUCCUUAGUUAUGACUAUGUGUGUGUGUGUAAGCAUAUAUGAUAAAG